AUGACCGAGCUGCAGAGUGAACGGAGAAAGGGAAACUGGCAUCGAUUGUGGAGACCAUUUUUUGAAGGCUGGGCUGUUCUCAAGGAUCCCAAUUCUCGUUCCCAACAUAUUUUCGCCUACUGGACUCGGGAUCAAAUUAGAGCCCUAGGACUGUACACGAGCUCGGAGGAACGGCGUCUGUCCAAUAAUGUGGUCUGGCAGUCUUUUGUCUUGAUCCAACUAGCAAUUAGUAUAGCCUCCCUUUUCUACGGUAUCUAUGAGUCCAUUGGUGAUAUCGUCAAUCUGGGUCGAGAUCUAGUCUUUACCAUAACGUGCUUAUUCAUAGUCUUUAGAUUGGCGUUCUUCGCUCAGUAUGGUGAUGACGUCGAUAUGGUAAUCAACGCUCUCGAGGACUUCCAUCACAGGACAAUAAAGGGCCCGGGAAGUAAGGAAGUGCAGACCACCAAGCGUUUGCACUUCCUGUUGUUUAUGGCUUUGCUCGUAAUCUGGUUAACCUUUCUCGUACUUUUCAUCUUCAUAAAGAUAUCAACGCCCUUUUGGAUGGAAUCGCAGAUAUUGCCCUUUCACGUCGCCUGGCCCUUUCACCUGCACGAUCCAACGAAACACCCGAUUACCCAUGCCAUCAUCUUUGUAAGUCAAAGCACCACUAUGCUGUACUACCUAAUUUGGCUGGGCUUUGUGGAGAACAUGGGUGUGUCCAUUUUCUUCGAGUUGACUUCCUCCCUAAGGGUGCUUUCUAUCGAGCUGCGAAACCUCGCGGCUUUUUGCCAAGGCGAUGAGAAUCUGCUGACUGCAGAGCUUCAUCGACUAACCAAGUUUCACCAGCAAAUCAUCCUUCUUUCAGAACAUUGCAACGAUAUAUUCAAUAAAGCAUUUAUCAUGCAAAUGAUGGUCAACUUCGUACUUGUCUCAUUGUCACUUUUCGAAGUUCUGGCAGCCCGGAAGGAUCCCCAAGUGGCAGCCGAGUAUCUGGUUGUCAUGCUGAUGACUCUGGGUCACCUCUCUUUCUGGUCGAAAUUCGGAGAUAUGUUUUCCGAAGAGUCGGAACAGGUGGCCUUUGCUGCUUACGAGGCUUAUGACCCGACUGUUGGAUCUAAAAGCAUCCAUCGGCACUUUAUUUUCUUUAUUCAGAGGGCCCAACAGCCGCUUACGAUGAGUGCAAGUCCCUUUCCACCCUUUAACUUGAAGAAUUACAUGUUUAUCCUUAAGCAAUGCUAUUCAAUCCUAACAGUGUUGACGAACACAUUGGACUAGAUAUACAUAUUUUUAGAAUUUUUUUUGACUAUUUAUUUACUUAGUAAAGGGCA